AAGCACACAAACAUUGUAUCAGGGAAGUCCAAACACAACACCACCCUCACUCACCGGAAAAGCUUCGACCAGUGACCACCACCACUCGCCUCUCACCACCGGAAAAGCUCUUUCACCGGAAAAUCCAGUUGCCUCCACCACAAAAGCUUUCUCUAUCUCCUUCUCCCUUUUGUCUCUCACUCUCUCUGCACCGCCGUUGAUCCGCCGCGCCGCUUGUUUUCUUUCACAAAAUAAUGAUAAGCAAGGGUCCUAGAUACACCGUUAUAUGUUCCGUUAGAUGUAAUUGAAGGAAUGCGACAUGGAAAGUCCCCAUUCUGUCAAUAGUCCAAGAAGAACACUGAGUCUUUCAAGACAACGGAGGGCAACUGUGUCAUUUCUUGAUUCCGAUGAAAAAAACAACUCUGCCUCUGGAUUGUCAGCCGAUCAUGGCCCUAAGCCUUCUGAGGUUUAUGGUUUUGUUGGAUCUAUAACCACUGUUGUUGCUACAGUUAUUUUCUUGGUAUGGGCAUAUGUUCCAGAAUCAUGGCUACAUUCUAUUGGCAUCUCCUAUUAUCCUAGCAGAUACUGGGCUUUGGCAGUACCAACUUAUGUGAUGGUGACCAUUGUAUUAAUGUUGGCAUUCUACAUUGGCCUUAACUUCAUGUCAACACCUUCUCCUGCAUCCAUAAACACUGUUUAUGAUGAAUUCAGUAGGGAUCCUUUGAGGAUUGAGUUUUCGGACGAUGGAGAUGAGAAGCCCAUUGAUCCCAUAUCUGAUAUUGGCAUCGACAGAAUCAAUGAUGCUAUGUUCAAUAAUUCAACCUAACGAUCACACAUUCAAACCUGUUUCCAAUUGUAUGGUGGAUAUUCUGCCAAGCAGUUGCUGCUGAUGUCGAGUUCUAACAUGAGAUUAUCAAUUUCUUUACCGGAAUUACAAUAUUAUUAUCAUCUUUUCAAAUGAUAAGAAAAAAGAAAUGAAUUUUUUUUAACUGAUGUGCCUUUGCAACUUGUUUAUUUUUCUCACUGUCGUGUACCUUCACAACUUGGUUUUUCUUCCUCGCUGUCAUGUACAAUAACACUAAUUGUGUGUACCGUUUUGAGGAGCCAACUUUAAAAAGUUAUAUGACAACUAUAACAAUACAUUUUAAAGAUAAGAGC